ACCUUACAAAAUAAAAAAGCAGCUUUUUUUAAGAGGCAAAAAAGAAUUGCCGGUGCUGCGGUGUGUAUGUCUAUGUCCUGGCUGUAAGUACACACAGAGACACAGAUCUUGAUCUCGGUGUUUGAACCAUACAUACAUAUACACUCUUACACAACCAACACAUUAUCUGUAGAUAUAUACAUGUAAAGAAUUGAAAUUUGUAUAUAAAGAUGGCUCACCCAUCAACACCAAAAGGGAUAGUCAUCACAGUCCCAGUUCUCGUUCUCUCGCUCGCCGUGGCUGCCAUUUUCUUCUUCUUCCUCUUAGCUUCUCUGUCUUCUCCGACCCCACCUAGUUGUUCCUGCCCCACCUCUUCAUCUUCUUCACCGGCCCAGCAGAUCUUGAGCACUAGGCCCCAGGAUGUGAUGUGGGUCAGGGAUCAGAUCCAAGCUAAUGGGCUUCAUAUGCAGGAUAAUGUGCUUCGUAAGGGUAUCAAUCCUCGUACUCGUGCUCAGCAGCUCCAAGAUUUCAUUCAAUACAAGGGAAUUUCACAUUAUGAGGGCGAGGAAGCAAAUAAUCACACCGCUUUUCCGUGUCCUGGUGAACUUCUUGUAGAGGAGCACCACAGCAACUAUGGAGAGCCCUGGGCUGGAGGGCGAGACGUGUAUGAAUUCCUCGCCGAGGCUGCCCAUUUGACACCUGAAUCACGUGUACUCGAGAUUGGAUGUGGCACUCUUCGGGUUGGUUUGCAUUUCAUUCGUUACCUGGACCCAGAACAUUUCCAUUGUCUGGAGAGGGACGAGCUUUCUCUAAUGGCAGCAUUUAGGUAUGAGCUUCCAUCACAAGGUCUAUUACACAAGCGACCACUGAUUGUCAAGGGUGAAGAUAUGGACUUCAGUAAGUUUGGAUCUGGUGUCAUGUAUGAUUUGAUAUAUGCAAGUGCUGUUUUUCUUCACAUGCCCGAUAAGCUUGUUUGGGUUGGAGUAGAAAGGUUAGCAGCUAAACUAAAACAAGGAGAAGGUCGAAUCUUCGUGUCUCACAAUAUUAAGUUCUGUUCACGGUUAGGAGGUGACGAGUGCACGAAAAGGCUAAAGAGUCUGGGGCUAGAGUAUGUUGGGAAGCACACACAUGAUAGUUUGUUAUUCAAUCACUACGAGAUUUGGUUUGAAUUCAGGCGGUCAAAAUCAUAAUCUUCUGAGUUCAAUCAUUUCAGUAUUCUGUGUAUCUGAAGAGAUUUUUGAGGCUGCAAUUGAAAUUUGAAAUCCUUUGAAGAUUUGCUCGUUAUUUUAAGCUUGGUUGGCUGGAUUAGUUGGCAUGUUUAAGUUUCAAUGCCUACGAACAGUGACAAGACCGAUUACUCAGCAGAUGUUUUCUCCAGAGAUAUUUAUUAAAAAGACCCGUGGAUCCCCUCAAUUCUUUGUGCAACUUUUGAGUUUUCUUGAUUAUUCAUUAGCGAGCUGUCUUGCUUGUAAUGUAUAUUAUGUAACCCUCUACAAUCAUUCUGAAAAAAAGACUUCAAUCCAUCAACUGUUUUGUAUUGGAACAAAAGUAACAACUAGCUAUGCAAACAAUUCAAGUGUAAAUUAAUUUUUAGUCCAAUAUGCAUAAUUUAUGUUGAA